AUGAAGUUAAAAGGUGCCAUCAGCUGUGAUAAAGUGUUGAGUUUAACCCGGCAAAAAGUCGAAUUAAUCGAAGGAGAAGUGAGCCUAUUAUCAAUAUUAGUUUAGUAAUUUAUCGAGUAUCGAGUCGAGUGGGGGGCAACGUUACUUAUAAAUGAAGGAAUUAAAAGGAGAAGGAAAAAGUAGUAAUAAUUAAAAGAAAAAUGCAUUCUUCGUAGGAAAAUAAUUAUGGCUCUUGGUAAAAGUUUUCGCAUUUAUCAUAAAAUAAAUCCACAGAAUCCUCUAGCUUACAGCGUGAUAUUGGAACAGAGAAACAGAAAUGAAACAUUGCUGUUUGAAUCUGAAGCUGUUGCUGUACUUUCCUCUCAAGAAACUGAAAGUGUCAAAAGACAAUACUCAACAUUAUUGGAUGCCAAUGGAUGUUUAGGUGUCCUACAGGUUACAGCUGGUGAAACACCAGUACUUUAUCUUGUUCUAAUUACCGGAUGUUUAUCGAUUGGAAAAUUGGGAACUUCAGAAAUAUUUCGAAUUACUGACACGACUUUUAUUUCGCUCCGUAAUAAUCCUCAAGAUCUUGAACGCAUUCAAGAAGUAAAAAAAGUACUCAAUUCUGGCACUUUCUACUUUUCCUGGACGUCUACUUCUCAAGAACCUCUCGAUCUUACUCUCUGUGCACAGAGAACUGUGCAUACAAAGGAAACAGAUAAUCGUUUCUUUUGGAAUCGAAUGCUGCAUAUUCAUCUUCUUAGAUUUGGAAUUGAUUGCUCUCAAUGGUUAGUGAAAGCGAUGUGUGGCGGAGUCGAAAUGAGAACAAUUUACAUAGGACAAUAUCAAGCUAGAGCUUGCGUAAUAUCGCGUUUAAGUUGUGAAAGAGCAGGAACUCGUUUUAACGUUCGUGGGACUAACGAUGAUGGCCACGUCGCAAAUUUUGUAGAAACGGAACAGGUGAUAUUUCUUGGGGAUAAAAUAACGUCUUAUGUACAGACAAGAGGAUCCGUACCAUUAUUUUGGGAACAACCAGGAAUACAAGUGGGAUCACAUAAAGUCAAAAUGUCUCGAGGCAGCGAAGCUUCCACUCCGGCUUUUGAGAGGCAUUUGACGUCAAUAAAACAAAGAUAUGGGGAUCAAGUGAUAAUAAAUUUGUUAGGUUGUAAAGAAGGUGAAAUGAUGCUUAGUAAAAUGUUCCAGAAUCAUCAUAAAGUAUCCAGACAUAAUGACAUUCCGUAUAUUACAUUUGAUUACCAUUCAAUGUGCAAAGGUGGAAAGCAAGAUAAUCUUGUUGUACUUAAGAAGAAAAUUUCUUCACAGCUUCAAGAUUUUGGAUUAUUUUAUUCCGAAGGAUCUAAUGUUAUUGUGCAGCAAACUGGCACAUUCAGAACAAAUUGUUUGGAUUGUCUUGAUAGAACAAACUGCGUUCAGUCUUUUAUUGGACUACAUAUACUCUACAAACAACUAGAAUAUUUGGGAUUAUCCGACAAAGCACAAAUUGUAUCAAGGUUUGAAGAACUUUACCGUCAGAUGUGGGUACUGAAUGGCGAUCAGGUCAGCAAAAUAUAUGCUGGAACUGGUGCUCUCGAAGGAAAAUCAAAGUUAAAAGAUGGUUCUCGAUCAGUUGUAAGAACAAUCCAGAACAAUUUACUGGAUAGUAGCAAACAGGAAGCAAUUGACGUUUUGUUACUGGGAAGUGCUUUGAGUACCGAACUGGCAGACAGAGCUCGAGCUCUUCUUCCUACGUAUAUGCUUCAUGUUCCGGCAAGUAUUUUGAGGGCAAUGUGCAAUCGUCAUAGAGAAUAUACUACGUCAAUGAUGCUCAGAGUCGGCGUCGCUACAUGGAAUGUAAAUGGGGGCAAACAUUUUAAUAGUGUGGUCUUCAAGCAUCAGUCUAUGGCAGAGUGGUUGUUAGAUAAUCGAAAAAUUUGUAAAGCUCAAGCUCUUGUCGACUUUUCCUUUGAGGAAGAUAGCACUCCUGUUGACAUAUAUGCUAUCGGAUUUGAAGAAAUAGUUGAUUUAAAUGCAAGCAAUAUUGUAGCUGCAAGCACAGUCAAUCAGAAAGAAUGGAUGGGAGAAUUACAGAAAACAAUUUCUCGAGAUAAUAAAUAUAUAUUAAUAACAUCAACACAGCUAGUUGGCGUCUGUCUCUUCUUGUUCGUUAGACCUCAUCUUGCUCCUUUCAUAAAGGAUGUUGCUGUUGAUAUGGUUAAAACUGGUUUAGGAGGAGCAACUGGCAAUAAAGGUUGCGUGGCAAUUCGUCUUCUCAUUCACAGCACAUCAAUGUGUUUUGUUUGUGCACAUUUUGCCGCUGGUCACUCUCAGUUUAAUGAAAGAAAUGCUGAUUAUAAUGAAAUUACAAGGAAGAUAUUAUUUCCCAUGGGGAGAACUUUAAACUCUCAUGAUUACGUAUUCUGGUGUGGCGAUUUUAAUUAUCGUAUUGAUAUGACUAAUGAGGAGAUUAAAGAAUUGAUUCAUCAGAGAGACUGGCCAGCUUUACUUCAGAAAGAUCAAUUAAUGGUUCAACAAAAAGAAGGAAAGGUAUUUAAGAACUUUAUCGAAAAAGAAAUUAAUUUUCCACCUACUUACAAAUAUGAUCUAUUUUCGGAUGACUACGACACAAGUGAAAAGAACAGAAUACCUGCCUGGACGGACAGAGUUUUGUUCCGGAGAAGACGUCUACUGAGCGAAACAGAAGAUCCAUUGUGGUCUCCAGGAAAGAUUGUGCACUAUGGCAGAGCCGAAUUGAAAACUUCUGAUCAUAGGCCUGUCAUUGCAGAAAUUGAUGUCGAAGUCUUACAAGUAGAUGAAAGAAAACGAGAAGCAAUUUUCCAGGAGGUGAUAGAUUCUCAGGGACCACCAGAUGGCACUGUAAUAAUAACUAUUCCAGAAUGUGAUGAGAAUACUGACAUAUACAGCUUGUUUGAUGAAGAAUUUAUCAAAGAACUAUGCCAAUUGUUUUCCACAACAGGAGAAGUUAUUUUAAUAAGAUUUGGGGAAGAGGCUUUGCUAGUUACUUUCAGAGAAGGUCAGAGUGCACUAGCAGCAUUGAAAUAUUCUGGAACAAAGGUUCGAGGAUAUGAUAUAAUCAUUAACUUAAAAACACCAGAAUGGAAAGAUGCUGUUGAACGAGAAUUACAGCUGUGUAGAAAUAACACUAUACCUUUAUGCGAUGUAGUGCAGGUAUCCGUGCCCGAACCCAAAGAUUUUCCUACACCUGAAAUAGAAUACGAUCUUUCUGCUUACUGUAUUGAUAAUGAAGAUGCACCAUCCCAGUCAUCUUCAGCACGCACGUCUCCAACUAGUAUGGUGGAAACAGGUUUUGAAGAUGUGGAAUGUAAUCCUUCUGUUCCUGGACGAUCAAUGCCAGUCAGGCCACCACCGCCGCGUCCUCCUCCACCCACUCGACCUCCGCCUCCACCUCGACCCAAAUUACCUCAGAGAAAUGAAGAGAGUAAUUCUGAGGUUACAACAGAGAAAUCGCUUCCACCCAUGCACCGUCCGCCAAGACCUACGACAGUAUCCGUAUCUCACAGUUGUAAAAGGAAUGAUACUAAUACAGAAGUGAAAACUGACAAUGAAUGUAAAAUAUCAAAAGAAAGUGAAAUCAGAGACAUGCCUAUUCUAGACGUAAUAAAACCUUCAGAGGAAUCGUUAGAAUGGAAUCAUCCACCCGAUAUGCCACCUCCUCCUCCACCGCCACGCAUCGACUCUUUUGGUAACAGCCAGCCUCAGACCGGUAAUCCACCACCACUAUCUCCUUGGGAAACCUUGCCUCCAGCACCUCCACCUCCCAUAGAAGAGGAGGAAAAUGUUCCUCCGCCAUCAAGCCAACCCCCGCCACCUCCCAUUCCUUCGCGGCCGAAGGCUCCAGCCGAAACUGCACCCAAUCCCCCACCCAUUCCAGCCAGAACCAAAGUCGGAAAUGCAUCCGCACCACCAAUCGCACCACGCCAGUCUCUAAAUCUAAACUAAUCAUGAGACAUUCCAGAAAGAUUAUUUUAAGCAAAUAAUUUAUAAGGUGAUGACAAAAAUAUUUGUGUUGUGUGAUCAUUUGGCAAUUAUUUAAACAGCUUUCACAUCUGUGGUAAUGUAAAUAUAUGUACGAACACAAGCUAAAUCCAAAGAAUCGAGCAGUAAAUUAUUUUCUAGUCAAGAACAUAAAAAUGCUCAUACGUAAAUAGCAAUGUCAAAAUCUUAAUUUUUGAAAAACAAAAAUUUAAAUCUUCUAAAACGAGCAUCAAAAUCAUGUGAUUUUAAUUGUAUGAAAAUCAAAAAUGUAAUUGGUGUUACAUCUGUGAGCUUAGAUCAUGUCUAGAGACUUAAUACUAGAGAAAUUAACAGGAAAAAUGAAUGUCUAGCUUCUAAACAUAGUUUCUUUUCGAUGUUCAAAAUUGCUAAAUGUGCCUACUCGUCAACCACAUACAGUAGUUGCCAAACUGUAAAGUGUAAACCGUACGUGUAAAAUUCAUAAAUUUCUGUAAUUAGUGAUAAGAAAAAUUAAUUUAUAUAAAAUUAAUAUGUUGCUGUACACAUUCCAUGUUGCCACUUGACAUGGGGGAAAUGAUUUUGAGAGAUGUAAAUUUGUUUUGUUUGUAGAAAUUAUAUAUAUAUAUACACAAUUACAUAUAAUAU